AAGCAUUACUUGUAUCCAACAAUCAUGUCAUUCGUAAUCAGAAGACAAUUGUCUACUUUAAUUCCACCAAAGAUCGCUUCUGCUAGAUCCCUUGGAUCCAACCCACAUGCCAAGAGAAUGGCUGAUGUUGUUUCUUUUUACCAAAAGUUACCAAAGGGUGCUGCUCCAGCUCCAAAGCCAACUGCCAACCCAUUCACCAAGUACUACCGUGCUUACUUUGAAGGUGACAAUGCCUCUGGUAAGCCAUUAUUGCACUUGAUUGCUUUAGUUGUUGUUGUUGGUUACACCUGGGAAUACCAAUCCCACUUGAAGCAUCACCAUUAAUCGUGUUGAUGGAUGUGUAGAUAUCUAAAAGUGGCAUUGAAAUAGCUUAUAUAUUGUUCAUACAGUUAAAAAUAUACAUUUUGAGUUAUUAGACAUAU